CAAUAAAAAACAUCCCAGCAGGCAGUGAAGAGCUCCAAUUUUGAAUUAACGUAACUAGUCUUCAAACAAUUACUCUUUUACUGACGAAUAUAUUUUGUGUGGCAAGAUGAGCGUCGAGGAGCGACCCCCAACGUUCGUGGCGAAUGUACAGCUAAACGUGGAUCCCAGCGAGCAGCCGAGGCUGGAUCCCGGCUGCCCGCCUCCAUUGGACUCUCGGACCGAAUCUGAUGAAUUCCAAUCGGACGAGUGCAUUGUAGAGCUGGAGAAUGUGACGGUCAAGUUCCGCAUCUCUGAGGCGGACAUAGUGGCCCAGGUGUAUCCGAAUUGCAUGACUCUCUCGGAGAUCAAGCAGGACAUGGCCCGCAAGUUUGAAGUAGAUCCAUCAUUGUUAAUGCUGCGCCAGGAUGGUCGGGUUCUGUGCGACUCCCUCCCACUGAACUCCACCGCCUUAGAUGAGUUCGGUAUCCACGAAUUUCAGAUGGAGCUGCGGUCCAACCAGAAACACGACAGUGACUCCUCAAUGCCCAAAUUGGACUUGGAUGUUUACUACGACAAACACCGCCUGGCAGACUUCAUCACAGUUCACAUUUCCGCCGACGACACCGAGGAUGGCCAGGCCAAAACCGUGGUGGUGGAAAUAGAAAAUGCGGCGAUUGUGAAACCCUUUUUGUGCGGCUACAGGGACAAAAUCAGUGGAAAGGAGUACCUGGAUGCCUUCACCCAAACGGGUCCCUAUUUCGACAAGAUGAAGUUCAGGAAAUACAAGUCCAGAGACACGCAGACUUGGGAGCACAAGGAAAAGACUCUGAAUACUGCCCAUGAGCAAUCAGUGCAAUGCUUUCUAGAUGGCGUCAAUGUCCUGUAUGUGUCCGCAGCCAAUGACUUCACUAUAAUCCCUGGAAAGUACCAGACUUUCGCCCAGAAGCAACGGGCCGAGCGGAAGCUGGAGAAGGUUCUACUCAUUCAGCGUAAUUGGCGGCGCUGGAUCCUCUGGAAGUACAUCCGCUUGAGGGCUAAGGAAUAUCGGCUCCUGGUCGAUAAUCGUGAGCAAGAGGACAAGCGAUACGAAAAGUGCGUGGAGGAGCGAGUGGAGCGAAAUGCAGUUCUGAAACAGUUUCCCAAAACCAAGGACGACUUUGACCUUCUUUUUGCCGAAGUUGGGCGCUGGAAAAAAGCAGAACUUAAAAGGAUAACGGCCAACUACGAAGGUCCUGCCCGCAUUGCUGAGGUGAACAUCCUGCUGGACAAAGAGAUCCAACUUUUAAAUGGAGUGGAGCGCCAGCGCGACCUAGUCUUCAAGGCCAUGGAGGACUUCCGCAACGAACAGCUGCUCAAGGAGAUGGGUAAGCCUAUCGAAUGGAUCGGCUACAAGGAUUGCAAGAUUCACAUGGAUUUGUUGAGCACACAACGGGUGCGUUUCCUAACCGAGAUCUACAAGGAUCUGAAGAAGCCGCGAAAAAAGCAUGAACGCCUUGAGCUCCUCCGUCAAGUCAUGACGGUUAUCGCAGAUGAGGCUUGUUAUCCGAACUUUCCCGAGCUUUUCGACCUCUUCGAUCGUGAGAAGAAUCUGUUACUCUACACGACGUCCUCCGAUGUGGAAAUUUUGCGCAAGCGUCAGGCUAUUCUCUUCUUUGACCUGAUCAAGUUCACAAAGGGACCGCCAAAGAAUCGAACUCCCUCACGCAUGUGCAUCGUUUGCAAGAAGGUUAAGACCUUUGCGGAGUUUGCCAUUCGCACCCGUCAGAGUCAUGUGGAUACCUGCAAGCACUGCUAUUACCUCAAGCUCACUGCCACGGAGAACACAGUUUACCAAUCGAUUCUUAGAUGUAUCCAUCGCGACGAGCGCAAACGCAAGUGCACCACAUCCUUUGCUUUCGUGAUGCAAUCAGAUGAUGUCCGUCACAUCAUUGAUAAAAUCUGGCAUGGACACUCGGCACUCAGCAAGUCGGAGAAUCUUAGUGAGCUACGAUUACCGCGAUGGAUCAAGAGCGAUGACUGGGCCCCGUGGAACUGCAUUUGCUUGACGGAGCGGGAGACCCGGGAUCACUACAAGAUCGAUGAUAUCGCAAAGGUGUACGAUCCAAAGUUUGUACUUCAUGUAGGCAAUCUGCACAUGCUCGCACGCAGCCUGUUCCACACUCUAGCAGCCGUGGCCGUCGAAUUCCAGGAAACCGGGCAGUGGUGGAAGGUCGGAAUGAACCACCAACGCAGCAGCAAUCUUGACGCCGUAUAAAUCAUAAUAACUCUUCAAUGCCUUAACAACCGUCUCAUAGUAUCAACUCAUUUUGGUUUAGCAUGUAAUAAUUCAUCGCCUAAGUUUACAUUUACAAAAUUUAAACAAUUCCAAUCUUGAUCAAACAUUACAAGGAAAAUUAUAAAAGCUACAACUUCAA